CUCUUCCACCCUCUUUCUCCAGCAAUCCGCUGCUCUGCUCGUGAUCCAAAUCCAUGGCGAUGGCGGCGGUCCUCAACCGCGUACUGAGAUCUCCAUCUUCUCCUUCUUCAUCCGCCAUCGCCUCGAGAUUCUUAUCAUCUCUAUCAUCAUCACCAACUAAUUCAGAUCCCCGCAGAUUCUCCGCUUCAAAGGGAGAGGAAUCGAAGGAUCGAGGAGUUCAGUGGGUGUUUUUGGGUUGUCCUGGCGUUGGAAAAGGAACUUACGCCAGCAGACUCUCGAAUCUCCUCGGCGUUCCUCACAUUGCCACUGGCGAUCUCGUUCGCGAGGAGCUUACCUCUUCUGGUCCCCUCGCCCAACAACUGAAAGAUAUUGUAAAUCAGGGGAAGUUGGUAUCUGAUGAAAUUAUAAUAAAUCUGUUGUCCAAGCGCCUUGAGAAUGGAGAAGCCAAGGGCGAGUCUGGGUUCAUUCUUGAUGGUUUUCCUCGAACGAUAAGACAAGCAGUGAUAUUGGAGGGAACAACUGAUAUCGACCUAGUAAUUAACCUCAAGCUUCGGGAAGAUGUGUUGCUUGAGAAAUGUCUUGGGAGAAGGAUAUGCAGCCAAUGUGGAGGUAACUUUAAUGUUGCUUCUAUCAAUGCUAAGGAGGAGAAUGGAAAACCUGCCAUGAGUAUGGCCCCGCUCUUGCCUCCUGCACAUUGCACUUCGAAGCUUAUUACUCGAGCUGAUGAUACAGAAGAGGUGGUGAAGGAACGUCUGCGUAUAUAUAAUGACAUGAGCCAGCCAGUGGAGGAUUUCUAUCGUGGUCGAGGGAAGCUUUUGGAGUUUGAUUUACCAGGCGGAAUCCCAGAGUCAUGGCCGAAGCUACUGGAAGUUUUGAAUCUUGAUGAAUAUCAUGAAGAUGAGAAGAAAUCUGCAGUUGCAUGAAAUGAAACAUGAACUAGGUGAGGCCUAUUCAUGCGCAUUAUCGACCCGCAUAACUUACGAUUACAUCAAUUCUUGUAAUAACAUCUCAUAAACAGCCCGCCAAUUAAGAGAGACUUCAAUUGGUUUAGGUCCUCCCUGGAUGUUUGAGUAACAUUUUUGACAGUAGUAGGGUAAGUAGUACAUCUCAAUUACUAAAGGUGAAAUGAUAUUUUUUAAUUGCUUAUUGUGAUGGCAUGGAGAUAGGUGCUUUACAUAAUUGUUCUUCCUCUUCAGUCACAAAAGCACAUGAGGUGACUUCUUUUUUCCUGUUUUCUAUGAGGUUUUUUUCUAUUUGGAGAACCAAAAUUAUGACA